AUGGAGCAACCUCGCAACGCUGCUGGUCAGAAUGACAAUGAUGCUGUCCCAGUCACUAUUGUCCCAGCAGCAGUACCUAUUCCUAGGCCGUUCCCCGAUACGUCUAAAAUAGAAACAUUUGACAGAAGGAACUUCAGGCUGUGGCAGGAGCGAAUUUACUCCGUCCUUGAUAUGCAUGGAGAAGCACAUAAGAUAUGGGAGUCUCUUAUCCUUAAGUACACUGCUGAGGAUGCUGGUAAGCAGAAAUUUGUGGUGGGGAACUUCUACAAAUGGGAGAUGACCGAAGAGAAAGACAUCAAGCUGCAAAUCAACGAGUACCACAAGUUGUUGGAGGAGCUGCGUGCUGAGAAGAUUAACCUGCCAGAUGAGUUCGUAGCUGGCAUACUGAUCGAGAAGCUGCCAGAAACGUGGAGUGACUACAAACAGCAGUUAAAGCACAAACAGAAGCAGCUGUCCCUAUCAGAUCUUAUUACCCACAUAAUAAUUGAAGACAUAAACAGAAAGGCCAUACAAGCCGUAAAGGGAAAAGAAAUAGUUGCCAAAGCAAACUUGGUGGAAUCGAAACCGCGCUCCAAGAGGUAUGAUCCCAAAAACAAAAAUAAUAAGAAUAAGAAAUAUGACUACAAAUCCAAGGACUCUAACCCCCAAUUCAAAAAGAAAGGCAAUUGUUUUGUCUAUGGAAAGCUAGGGCACUAUGCAGCGCAAUGCAGGAAAAGGGCUACUCAAAAGGUUGAUAAUCCUCCUAAGCCAAAUGUGAAUUUGGUAGAAGGAGAUAAUGGCAGUGAUGAUGAAGUCAUAGCUGCAGUGGUCUCUCAAGCCCUUAUUGUGACUGAUGUGAAGAAAUGGGUAGUGGACUCAAGAGCCACUAAGCACAUCUGUGCAAAUAAAGAGAUGUUUACCUCCUUUGAGAAGGGAAAGACCACAUCUACCUCGCUAACUCCCGAACUACCAAGGUUCAGGGAAAGGGAAAAGUGGUACUGA